AUGUUAUCCCCAGUUUUACGAUUUACGGUAAUUUUUCUGGGUUUUUUUCUAGAUUUGUAAAAAUGAUUGCAGGCUUUACAAUGUAUAAUAUUUCAUCUUGGCGUUCAUGGAAGUGCUGAUGAAUAUCGACUACUCUCCGAUCUUCGACAUAAUUAUGAUGCAUAUGAAAGACCCGUGGCAAAUUCGAGUGAACCAUUAGUUGUAUCUGUGAAAAUUUAUUUACAACAAAUUCUAGAUGUGGUACGUGUUGUUUUUUUUUAAUUGAAACAAUAAUUUUUAAAUUUUUUCAAUUUCAGGAUGAGAAAAAUCAAGUGAUAACUUUAGUUGCUUGGAUUGAAUAUCAGUGGACAGAUUAUAAAUUAAAAUGGGAACCAAAUGAAUACGGUGGAAUUAAAGAUAUUCGAAUUCCUGGUGGUGCAAAUGCUAUCUGGAAACCUGAUGUUUUACUAUACAACAGUGCUGAUGAAAAUUUCGAUUCAACAUAUCCAGUAAAUUAUGUUGUGAGCAACACCGGAGCAGUUCAACAAGUUCCACCAGGAAUUUUAAAACUCAGCUGUAAAAUCGAUAUUACAUAUUUUCCAUUUGAUGAUCAAGUUUGUCAUUUGAAAGUGAGUUGUUUAUGUGUUUUAUGAAAUAUCAAUCAAAACGUAAAGUGAAAUGGGCCAUAUCUCAAAACUACAUCUACUAAUCUAGGGUCCUUUUUCAUGCAUUUUGUCUUUUCCUUUUUGUUUCUUUUUUUCUGGGAAGUAAACAACGAUUUUUCCUGGUUUUUGAAAAUGGAGAAAGAAGGAGGAUGAAAAAGAAAACUUUUCAAAAUUUUGAAAAUAUUUUUUUAUUGAUAAAUUGAAGUCUAAUUUGAAACAGUGAAUUUAUUUUUAUUGAAAUUUGAAAUUUUGCAAUAAAAUGUGAAUAAUGUGAUUCUAACCAAAAAAAUCCUAAUAAGUAAUUCUGGCUCAUAUUCAGUUUCCACAAUUUUUUUUCAGUUCGGUUCCUGGACUUAUAGCGGAAAUUUUAUCGAUCUCCAAAUUAAUGGCCCGGAGGGUAAAAAUAUUUCACAAGAAGGCAUUGAUAUCUCAUAUUAUGUUCAAAAUGGUGAAUGGAAUCUAUUAGGUAAUUUUUUCCGUUUACUUUCCGAAAAACAUAUUUCAAAGUUAAUUUUUUCCAGCAGUUCCAGCGGAACAUGUAGUAAAUACUUUUGGAAAUGAACCAUAUCCAUCGUUGUUUUUCUAUUUGAUUAUUCAAAGAAGAACUUUGUAUUAUGGUGAGAGUUUUUUCAUAUGAAAGCAUUUCAAUAAUAUUUUUUCAGGCCUCAACUUAAUUAUUCCAUCAUUUCUCAUAUCACUUAUGACUGUUUUAGGAUUUACAUUACCACCAGAUGCUGGAGAGAAAAUAACUCUUGGUGAGACAUUUUAUCGAAUCUCUAAUCUUGAAAUAACAAUUUAUCUUCUUUUCAGAGAUUACAAUUCUUUUGUCUGUUUGUUUCUUUUUUGAGUAUGGUUGCUGAUAUGACACCACCAACUUCUGAAGCUGUUCCUUUAAUUGGUAAGUUUCAACUUUUUAAUAAGCAUAAUUUCUGCCCUUUACUCUACUUCAUCUUCAGUUUUUUUCAAACUUUUAUAGCUGUUUUGAAUUCAUAACCAAUUUUGAAAAUUCCUUUCCAUUAACUUUCGAAAUUCUAGUUGUUCAAAUAAUUUUAAUUUCAGUUAUUCCCCUAUUUUUCCAGGAGCAUUUUUCUCAUGCUGUAUGUUAGUUGUUUCUGCUUCAGUUGUCUUCACAGUUCUCGUUUUGAAUUUGCACAACCGUAAACCAGAAACACAUGAAAUGAGUCCAUUCGUGAGUCCCUGAAAAUAGUUAAUUUUAUUCUUUCGAAAAUUUCAGCUUCGUGAGGUUUUAUUGAUUUGGUUACCCUGGUUACUUUUUAUGCGGCGUCCUGGCACUACAAUCUUCAACCGAUCUCUUAUCAAAGCUGAAAAAGCAGAACAGAAAGCGAAAUUAGAAGCAAGAAAUGGGAAAAUAACCCCAAUGAAGAGUACGGAUUUGAUAAAUCCGUCAGAUGGAUUAUCUUUGAUGAAGAAUAUUCGAGCAACUAGAAAACAACAAAUGGAAAAACAUCAGGCGAUUGAUAUUGAUGAAGAAUUUCAUGUUCAUCAUAAUCAUCAUAAUAAUCAUUUGAAUCCAUCUUCUCCACACGAACUUCCACCAAAAUUAACACUUUCAAAAUAUAUGUCGGAAUCAUUUUCGGAAGACGGUUUGAUAACUGAAAUGAAUAAAUAUAUGCAGAAAGCUUGUUUGGAAUUGAAAAAUAUUUCUACACAAAUCAAAUUUAUGAGAAAAAGAAUGGAAGAGGAUGAAAGGGUAAGAUGAGAUUCUUGUUCAAAAUCAAUCAGUUUUUUUGUUCUAAAAUAAAUUAUUGCAGGAUGAACAAGCUGCAAAUGAUUGGAAAUUUGCAGCAAUGGUUGUGGAUCGAAUGUGUCUGAUAACAUUCUCAUUUUUCAUUGUUUUUAGCACUUGUGGAAUUAUGUUCAGCUCUCCACAUUUAAUUGCUUAA